AUGAAGCAUUUCGCCAGAGGCACUACCGCUCUGAUACCAAGCGCAACUUCAGCAUCACCGAAUUCAACCCCACCUCCAUCUCCGGCAAUCGAUCAAAGGCAGCACUCCAAGCAUGUCAACGACUUCUAUAGACUCUACGGCUGGCUUAAGCCUGGAGCGUCCGUAUCAGACAGCGAGCUUCCGAGAGCCAUACGAAAGAUACAAAAGAAGCUCAAAGAGCCUGUCACUGGGGCUUUCAGCGAUAAGAUGAUGGACAUGAUGAGCGGGCCGCGUUGUGGCACGGAACAACCUUACAAUGCGACAGACGCAGAGGACGCCUCGGACGUUGAGCGACGAUACGUACUCUGGGGCCCGAAGUGGGCAAAGGCGACGUUGACAUGGCGCUUCGACAGUUACACGAAUGAUCUGUCUACAGCGCGCCAGCAAAGCACGAUCAGUACCGCUUUUGCCCAAUGGAUGAACUACGUACCCCUAAACAUCGUACAAACAGCCUCGAACGCUAAAGCUGACAUCAACAUCCGCUUUUCUCCCCUCGGUCGAGACGAUACGCGUUACGGUUUUACGUCCAUGGUCUCUGAUGGCACCUCCAUGUCGUCUGGCAACAUCAAUGUUACCUUUAAUGACGACUACCAGUGGACGGACGACCGUCUCUUUGGAUAUACAGCUGUUCAUGAGAUCGGUCACGCUCUCGGGAUGAGCCACAGCGGCGUCGAGGCAGCCAUCAUGUUCGCCUACUACGAUGGUAGCAUACGCCCUAUGCAUCCAGAUGACAAGAUGGGUAUACACAGCAUCUACGGCUGGAAGAGCCCGACUUGGAAUCGUAUCGAUUCAGGCUCAGCAAUUACAAAUAUGAUCCAAGUCACGUCCAACACAGCUACCGCUUCGGCCAACGACGGUCUCUACCAGAUGCGUUCAUCAGGGCAGAUUCUUCGCUACUCGAAUGGUGCAUGGGUAGUCGUCGACAACAACAAAGACACUGCCCAAAUUACCGGUGCAAAUGGAAUUCUCUACCAACGACACUACGACGGAGGUACCUUCCGCUGGACAGGCAGCGCAUCGAACUGGCAAGCUCUUAGCAAUACCGACUCAAACGUCAUUGAGAUCGUCGCUGCAUCCGACCAACUGUACUCGCGGCGCAAAGAUGGAUGGGUAGCCCGGCUCUCUGGCAGUACAUGGCUUAGUAUCGAGCAACCUUCCGCCCCUGGCUCCAAACAGAUAGCCGUCACCGACGACAAAACACUUUGGAACUUGCUCACGAACGGGUAUCUUGUUCGCUCCCUAUGGCCUCACAAUUCAGGCCAAUGGGCCAUCGUUGACGACAACGCGAAGAAUAUCGCCAUCGCAGUUGGCGGCAACGAAUUCUACAAAUUGCAAAGCGAUGGCUUAGUAGUGUGGCUGAACACUGCUGGUCCUAGCUGGAAAACGAUUGAGAAAGCUGGAAGUUACGAGUGA